AUGGAAGUUGGAACACAUCUUUUAGGUUGUUUAUCUACAGUGGCAUCAUCAGAACCAGAAUCACCAUCUUUUUCAUCCAAUUCACCAUCACUACUUAAAGGUGAAGCUUGCCUACCAGGUGUUCGAUCAAAUGCAUCAUUAUGGCACCGAUUUUCGAAAUUACAGGUUUUAGAAACGGAAAGAAUAAACAAGGAUGUAGAUCCAUUGAAAUCCGUUAACAGAUGCAACUUGGAGCCUACUUUGCUGACCGGCGUUCUCUCCAAUGAUUUUCGUGAAUCAACGGAGGAUCACGGCGGACUGAUUUUACAACGUCGGGCUCGUGCAGACGUCUUCUUGUCGUCUUCGGACUUGGUGUUGCCUUAUUCUACGCCAAACAUUAAGGGAUACAAUAAAGAAGCGAAGGUAGUGGUGAAUGUAACAGUUGAAGGAAGCUCAGGACCAAUUCGAGCAAUGGUGAAAUUGGGUUCAAGUGUGGAGGAAACAAUGAAGAUGGUGAAGAAACAGUAUGAUUCAGAAGGCAGAAGCCCUCAAAUUGAUCAACACUCCAUUUCAAGCUUUGAACUUCACCCUUCUCAUUUCAGUCUUCAAAGUUUAGAUAAGUCAAAGAUGAUUGGAGAUGUUGGUAGCAGGAGUUUUUACAUGCAUAAAUGUAAGGAAGACAAUUCCUUCACUUGA